CCAACGGCGCCCUGUAGGUCAAGUGGUGGAUAUAUUGGACUGGUCCCUAGCAAUGCUGAAGAAGGGGAUGAAAUCUGGGUCGGGAAGGGAACGUGGGUUCCCUUGGUACUUCGACAAUCUGGAGACUUUCGAACUUUCAUUGGGGAGUGUUACAUUCAUGGAAUUAUGGAUUGGGAAGCGCUG